AUGAGUUUGGUGGACGUCAGAUCAGAUCCAAUAUCAAUCUCCAACGUCAUCCUACACCUCAACUCACCUGAAAACGAAGCCAUGCUCAUCUCCGGGCUGGUGCAUUCUUCCAAACGACUUUCACCCGCAACGUGUAUCAAAGAAUACAUCGGAAUGCUCGCAUCAGCUGACAACCCCACACCCGAAGGGAAAGCAUCUGCUUUCCUCACUUUCACCUCAGGCGGCGCGGCAGCAGCGGCGUCGGAGGUAACACCAGCACAAGUAGCACCAGCCACAACCACAAAAUCCAAGUGA